AAAGCGACGUAUGAUAAAACACCAGCUUUACGAAUUUUACUCAGCAUCACCGGCAUCAUCGGAAGAGGAGACGACGCCUUGCCAGGUUAAAAAGCAGACGAUAUCUCGUCAGCGUCUUCAGCGUCUAGUUGUAGUGCAUCGAAGGCAGAAAUUACAGCCAGCAGUCGAACGCAGGGGCACACCACAGGCUUUACAUAGCAACCUCAUUUCCCGACAAACCCAUUUUCAUCUCGGCACCAAUCUCUGCUGGGCCCCUUUUGCAACCACCCAGGGAAACAAGAGCGGUAAUUGGUACCUUGCGCUCGCCCUUGUCGCCUGCUUUGGCCGCCGCUUAGUUGGCGUGCCCGUUUCACCCUGCGCUGUGGCCCUUCGCACCACUCCAGUGGCUCUACACCAAAGCAGUGCAUGAAUACUGCACGGCCUGCUUGCUCUAGCGCCGCCCCCUACAUUAAGAAACGCAUCCCAGGGGCUUGAUUACGCGGGCUCUAAAAAGCCCUGCUGCUAGAUUUGACAUCUUCAUCUAGCCACACCAUCCUCUGCGGCAACUUUGCAUCCCUGGUCCCCCCCAACCACAGUAUACACCAACAACCGCCCAUUUACAUCAAAGAUCAGAAGGCCAACAGAUUUGCGAAAAUACCAGCGGGGAAAAUAUUUGGCCUACCGGAGUGGACCAGCGCUUCAUUCCUCUCCACGCUGGGUAAUAAGGACAGCACGAUUUCAGACGCCCCCCCCCUUCCACUCACUGAAAAGGAACCCAGGGGCAGUGCACACAGUGGAGAUCCGCUUGAAAGUGACGGAGCCGACUGGCACUAAGCCAACUUUUCCCAGGCUAGGCGCCUCCUUGGGCGACUAAGACAUAGCCCAGUGCGUCCAGGCACAGGCCGCUGUUUCUCUACCGGGUCGGCCAAUCUUGACUUUUCACCCUAAUCAUACCUCCGCAGCACGAUCAUGAAUAUCGCUGGUCGCAAUGCGCCGUUAUCCCCAGUAUCUGUAGGAGGAAGUGAAUGGUCAUAUUCCAAAUUCCAAGGCGCUGACGACGGCUCUUUUCCCAACAAUCGUGGCAACCUCGCCUCGCCCCCAAACUCUGGCGGCUCCAACGGCAAGAUGAGCAUGAACGGCUUCCCAUCCGGACCACGAAGCAAUGGUGGCCCAUCGCCACCGGCAUCUAUUGGUAGAUCCAGCAAUGGUGCCAACAUGUAUGCCAGAAGCGACAGCAGCGGCCCUGCUGGCCGACAAGAUCUCGACGAGGGCAUUCUCGGCGAACACUACAUCACCCUCAAGGCGUUCCUCAACAGCCGCGACUCCAUGGCCAAGGGCCAGCCCAACAAGGCGCGCGAUAAACUCUUACGCCUGUCAUCCGUACAGUUUUUUGAACUCAGUACCGAUGUCUACGACGAACUUAUUCGACGACAAACCGUCGCACGCACGCCGCCAAAUGUACCCAAGCCACCCCCUACUCACCUUCUCCCGGAAAAGAUGUUCCACCCCAAGCGAAAUCAGGCGCGACAAAGGCUGUCAUCACUAGGUCCUCCAAGAUUUAGAGAUUUGGCUGCUGAUGUAUUUCACGAACUCGAACGACGAUUUCCCCGCUUCCAGGGCGGUGAUAUUCCCAGGAUGGGAAGCUCCGGCUCAAACCGUGGGGGCCCGAUGAGAACUGGCACUCCAGUUAAUGGUGGCCAGUUCCCCCCGCGUAGCCAGAGCAGGAUGCGCCGUCCAUCCGAUGCUAGCUCUCUGCGCGGACCGGCGCCGCCAGACGUGUACAGCAUGCCUCCGUCACCCAGCUUAGCCAAUGGCGAGUAUGGGCGACCAAUGGCUAAGCAGGUUAACCAGAGCAACACCAUUGUUCCAAACAAGAGUACGAUGCUAGAAGAAGAUGACGGCGAAGGGUUAGAGCCUGAUAAGAAAAUGAUUGAAGAUUAUCAGGCUCAAAUACGAGAGCUUCGAGAAAAGUUAGAGAGUAUGGAAACGACCAUGAAGGAAAAGGACGACCAAAUAAGCCGUUCAUCUGGCGGUGAGAAGGAAUGGGCCGACAUUCGUCUUGGCCUGGAAGACAAGCUUGCAGAAGCCCAAAGUCUUAAUGCUACCAUGAAGCAGGAGCUGGAACGAGUUCGUGACGAUCAUGAUCAGCUGAGAUCACAAGUGUCAAGCAGUGGUGGAGCCGACACGCAGCUGCAGAGGGAAAACGACGACUUACGACACUCAUUGCAACAGCAAAAGCAAGUGACGGAAGAGGUUCGACAAGAAGCCCAAGAAUUCCUGAGCGAGAUGCGUAUGAUUUCUCAGCAAAGUGCAUCAACGUACGAGAAACAGGUUGACCUGGAGAGGAACGUCGAGCAGCUUGAGAAUGAAGUGCGGGAGUGGCGAAAUCGCUACGCCCGAACAAAGACACAACUUCGGAGCCUCAAGUCUGCCUCUAUGGCUUUAGUUGUGGACCAAGACGUAUCCAUGUUGCGCGACAAGGGUUUCUUGCAAGAUGGCGGCCUCGUCAAGGAUGUACACGUGACGAAGUAUCAAAUCGCUAUUGACGAACUGCUUCAGUGUGCCCGUCGAGAUUCGCCAGAGAAGGUUACUGACGCUAUGAAGUCGGUUGUGUUCAGUGUGCGCCGAAUUACAAAGGACGUGGAACAAGGAAAACCCAAGAAUGACGAAGACGCUCAGCGACAGGCCAAGCUCAAGGGCAGAGUCUCGUCUACAGCCAACAACCUGAUAACAGCAUCAAAGAACUUCGCGGCCGGUGCGGGGCUAUCGCCAGUAUCUCUUCUAGACGCAGCAGCUUCGCACUUGACUGUAGCUCUGGUUGAAUUCCUGCGAGUUGCUAAGAUCCGAACAACACCAGCCGAGGAGCUCGACGAAGACGACGACGGAACAGUUACGCCUGUAGAAUCUGCUGGAUUCUUCUCUCCCCAUAGCGAUGGACAGCGUUCAAUGAACCAAGAUUCCCUUCCGCCUCCACCAGCUUUCCAGGGCCUCGGCGGCGCCAGAGCCAGCGCCCAGUCAUCUGCUUACAGCCCGAUUAACUCCCCACGAGAAUCCAUGGAUCCAUACGCUACCAACGGCAACCAUGGAAUGACGAACGGUUAUGGACACGGCAAUUCUGCAGACUACAAGGUGUCGUACAGCGGAUACUAAGUCUGGGCAUUUGGAUUGGGCUGCAGCAUCUCGUUCUAUGAUACGCACCUACUGACCGACACACAUGCAUCGAGUAUCUCAGAAGACGGUCUAGUGAGCGUAGCCUUUACCUGAUUCAUAUUCUCCACGAUGCGUUUACGGCUCACCGACGAAGUUUACACAAUUACACUUGACGAAGCACAUGGGAUAGACAGGGGACAUACCCCGCGACGGCGUUUUUAGUUUUUGGAGAGAACCGGGAAUAUUCUUUACGGCAGGGGGUAGCAUACCUUUACCGUGAUUCUUUUUGUGCCAUUCGAAAUUACACGCAAAUAAUUUUUAAACCAAGGACAAGGAAGCUGCAGUGCUUGAAGAGCGCCAUCAGCAAGGGGAGAAGCACGUAGGUUUUGACUUGAGACAAGCAGAGACCGCACCCGGCCGGCCAGGUGCCCUUUGCCUCCCAUAACUAGCCACGACUCUAUUUUUGUUUUUCUCUGUUUGGAUGACUGGCGAAGCGGUUGAAUACAUAAUGAUGCCUUCGAGGGCAUGGCAGUUGUACAAAUACAUUGCAUGUUAAUUUCCUCCACGUGGCCUAAUAUUGAUUGAAACUUUGACCGUACG